AUGGCCAAGUAUACGGAAGCUGACAUUGAUCUGGCAUUGCAGGCGGUCGCAAAUGGCACGUCCGCCAGACAGGCCUCGAAACAUUGGGGUGUCCCGAGGGCAACCUUGUAUGACCGCAUGCACGGCCACGAAUGCAGAAAGGAUGCAUUUUCUCCUCUUCAGAGGCUUUCUCAGACGCAGGAAAACCAGCUUACAGAAUGGAUUCUCAUCCAGGACGCCCUGGGGCUUCCACCCACUCACUCGCAGAUCAAGCAGUUCGCGCAGCGCAUGCUGGCCGUCAAAGGAGACCACGUCCCGCUCGGAAAACAUUGGAUGCAAGCUUUUCUGAGGCGGAAUCCCGCAGUUCGGACACAGAAGUGUCAUCAUAGAGAUUCGGCGCGUGUCAAUGGCGCGUCUACCGAGGUAAUUCGGCCUUGGUUCAACAAUUUCUUCCUUCCUGAGAUUCAGGCCAUUAAGCCCGAGCACAGGUACAACAUGGACGAAGCAGGCAUCAUGGAAGGACUCGGGGAGAAUGGACUGGUGGUAGGCAAUGCUGAAAAACGAUCUGUUCAAAAGAAAGCACCUGGUUCUCGCGUCUGGACCUCGUUCAUCGAGUGCGUCUCCGCCACGGGCACCUUCCUACCUCCUCUCGUCAUUUUCAAGGGGAAAUCGGUCCAGCAGCAGUGGUUUCCCGAUGAUUUAAGUCUUUUCAGCGACUGGCACUUCACUGCGACAAAGAACGGCUGGACUUCGGACCAGACUGCGGUGGAAUGGCUCGAAAAGAUGUUCAUUCCAAGGACUCAGCCAGCGGACCCUUCGGAGCGCAGACUGCUAGUAUUGGACGGCCACGGGAGUCAUGAGACAGUCGAGUUCAUGUAUCUAUGCUACCAGCAUAAGAUCCAUCUUCUUUUUCUGCCCCCUCAUACCUCUCAUGUGUUGCAACUAUUGGAUUUGUCCGUCUUCUCCCCUCUGAAGCACUACUACCGCAAACAGGUCGGAUUUCUCAGCCUGUUGACCGAUUCGAGCCCGGUCGGCAAGCAAAACUUUCUUUCCUGCUAUCAGCGAGCACGCGAGCAGGCGCUCACGGCGUCCAACAUCAAGGGUGGCUGGAAAGCGACGUGUUUCAACAAGCGCAACAAGGAUGCGAAAAACGCGCCCGAUGCCUUCAGAAGCCCUUUUUCUACGUCGGGAUGGCAAUCAGACGCAUCGCAGAUCGCGUGGUCGACUCCGAGGCGUCCUCAAGAUCUGAAGGUGCAAGUGCUUCAAUUCAACCAGCUCGACGACGACGUGCCCACGAAGCGCCUGCUGUUCAGGAAGAUUACAAAGGGGUUUGACGAAAAGGAUGGCCUCUUGGCAAAAGCCCAAUUACAGAUUCAAGCGCUGGAAACACAACUGGCGUCUGUGAAGCCGAAGAAGAGGAAGAGGGUGGAAACGAGCCCGAAUUCGAGGUUCGCCGACAUUGAGGCAGUGCGGCGGGCGCAGGCGGAGGUCAAUGCAGCUGAGAAUGAAGACCCUGAUGGAACCGAAGAUGAACUUUCAGAAAUCGGUGACGAUUGUAUCGUAGUGGGCGUUGCUCCGAAGGACUACCUCUUCGACCGCAUAGAUCCUAAGUCAGCUCAGAUAUUUAGCCCCGCGAAAGUGGCUCAAGCCCGUGUAAAGAAGGCUGAAAUGGAGGCCCGGAAGAAAGAGGAGGCUUUGAAGAAGGAGGCGCAAAAGAUUCAGCGACAGCAGAAGGCGGCUGAGCAAAAGGCUCUCGCCUUGGAGAAGAGGAGGCAAAAAGUGGCCGAUAUGGAGACAAAACGACAGAAAAAGGAAGCCAGGAAGCAAGAGAGGGAGGCCAGGCGGCAAGUCCGGCAAGAGCUGGAGCGCCACAGCCAGGAAAUAGCAUGCGAAAUGCAGCAUGAACAACAGGCCGCUUCUGAGGGUCGCGCGAAAAGCCCCGGCCAGCGCAAGUCCGAGGGCAACAACGACUCCGGUGCGCACAAUACGUGCGAAAAGACCGUCUUUGGCUUGUGA